GGUGCUUGGACUUGGUGAAAGGGGACAGGAGAUUGGCAUCUGAUGAUCUGAGGGGGUGAGAAGGGGAGUGGCGUUUCAGGAGGUCGGUCAGAUAAAAAGAACAGACAGUUUGUUACCUACCUGUCUGCCCUCCCCCUGAGCUCCUGCCCUCCUCUCAGCCAUCCGCGGUUGCCAAGGUUUCCGUGUACGCGCUGCCCGCGAGAGCGGAGCCGCGCGCUUGUCAUCCAGUAUUGCCAGACAUGGCGGCGGAUCUACAACCCGAGUGGAUUUCUUGUCUCCCUUCUUCCUGGAGUUAUGGGGUUACCCGGGAUGGACGCGUCUUCUUCAUUAACGAAGAAGCCAAGAGUACAACCUGGCUGCAUCCAGUAAGUGGCGAGGCGGUAAUAACCGGGCACAGGAAAACUCCAGACCUCCCUACUGGAUGGGAAGAAGGAUAUACUUUUGAGGGUGCACGCUGCUUUAUCAAUCACAAUGAGCGGAAGGUGACCUGUAAGCAUCCUGUCUCCAGCCUACCCUCCCAAGACAACUGCAUCUUUGUCAUCAACGAACAAUCUGCACCCAAAGUGUCUGCGAAUGAGACAAAGGAACGGCCACUGAGCACCAUGAGUGAGGCCUCUAACUACACUGGCGGCUCAGACCAAGCCGCAAACCCCGGCAGCCCAGCAGGAAGACCCUCAAGACCUUCAAAAAAAAUUCACAACUUCGGGAAGAGAUCCAACUCCAUCAGGAGGAAUCCCAGCGCUCCAGUGAUCAAGAGAAACUGGCUUUAUAAACAGGACAGUACAGGGAUGAAGCUGUGGAAAAAGAGGUGGUUUGUGCUCUCUGACCUGUGCCUCUUCUACUACAGAGAUGAAAAAGAGGAGGGGAUACUUGGCAGCAUCCUCCUACCGAGCUUUCAUGUAUCCAUGCUGUCUGUGGAUGAUCACAUUAACAGAAAAUAUGCCUUCAAGGCCACACAUCCCAACAUGAGGACAUACUAUUUUUGCAGUGACACAGCCAAAGAGAUGGAGUCUUGGAUGAAAGUAAUGACAGACGCUGCACUCGUGCAUUCAGAGCCAGUCAAAAGGCUGGACAAGCUAAAAGUGGAGCAAUGCGGACCUCAAGAAAUCAAUCACGUGGCCAACAACAGGCCGCCGCUCACCCAGCCUGAAAUACAAAACAACGAACGAAACCGUGAGGUGGUCCAAGAACACACUGUAGCAGUCACUUCCCCCCCAGCUGAAGUCGAGAGGAAGCAAAGAGACGCAGAACGCUACGGCUUCCAGCAGGACGGGACCGAGCGGGAACGUCCUCUCACAAAGAUCAACAGCAUCAAACUGCAGCCAGCUCAGGCAGCGGCUAUCAAAGCUAACCUCGCCUCACCACAGACCCCUUCAGAAAUGGAUGGGUUACACCGCAGCCCUCGGGUCAAUGGAUCUGGUGAGCAGUGCCCAGCUAAUGGGACCGGAGCUCCUCCUCAGAGGAGUCCCACACACGAACCAGAGCGCACCUUAAGUAGGACCAGCUCCAUGCAGCAACUGGAGCAUUGGGUCCGCACACAAAGAGGACGAAACCAGGAUGACGAUACAAGGAGUAUUACAUCAUACCAGACACUGCCUAGAAACAUGCCAAGCCAUCGGGUCCCCUAUAUGCCUCAUUAUGGUGAUGGCUACUGCAGUAUGCCCAGGAAUAGCAUGGCGCAGCGGGACAGCAUCUGCAGCUUAUCCCCAUCGCUGUACGACCAAGCCCUGGGUCCCUCAACGUCUGACAAGCGCCGCUCUAUGCGUGACGACACUAUGUGGCAGUUAUUCGAGUGGCAACAAAGGCAGGCCUACACCAGACAUCCGGGCCUCUACAGCAACAUGGCCAGCCCCAAAACCAUGAUCAACCUGUCGGAGCACGCAGCACCGAGCCACUCCAUCCCGCCGUCGCCCUCUCACGGCUCUCUGUCCAUGUACGGUGGCUAUUCUCCGAUGAGAUCCUACAACAUGAGCAGUGCUCGAUCAGAGCUGUCCUCGCCCGUCUACAGAAGAGACAUGAGCAUCGACAGGCGGCACAGGCCACAACCUAACAAGUAUGCCUACCCACCUGAUAGGAGGUCUAUGCCUGCAGGGAUCCCAGUCCAGACUAUCACGGCUCAGUCUCUCCAAGGCAAAACACUGAGUCCAGAAGACUACAGCCAACACGCCUAUACAUGUAUGCCAGAGGAGGUGGACAUUGAUACCAAACUGAGCCUGUUGUGUGAGCAGGAUAAACUGGUGAGGACACAGGAGGAGAAGCUUCAGCAGCUGUACAGAGAGAAGCACACCCUGGAGACAGCACUCCUGUCAGCCAGCCAGGAGAUAGAGAUGGGCUGUGAUAACCCUGCUGCCAUGCAGAGCGUGAUCCAGCAGAGAGAUCUACUGCAGAGCGGCCUGCUCAGCACCUGCAGAGAGCUUUCCAGAGUCACAGCCGAGCUGGAGCGUUCCUGGAGGGACUAUGACAAGUUGGAAGGAGAUGUGACUUUGGCGAAGAACAACCUUCUAGAGCAGCUUGAAGCUCUGGGUAGCCCUCAGACGGAGCCUCCCAGCCAGCAGCACGUCCGCAUCCAGAAAGAGCUCUGGGGGAUUCAAGACGUGAUGGAGGCGCUCAAUAAACACAAAGCUCAGAGAAAUGCUGUCGACGGUAUGAACUAUUACGGGUCCAAGAACAACUUCAGCAAGCACAAAAGUGAGGGCCCAGACUACAGACUGUAUAAGAGUGAACCAGAGCUCACCACUGUAACUGAGGUGGACGAGAGCAAUGGAGAGGACAGAUCUGAACACCCGUCUGAAAGGGAUCAUGCUGGAAACAAAGGGAUGUCCUACCCUGUCGGCAUUGUCCCACCCAGGACCAGAUCCCCAGUGCCCGAUUCAUCCUCCAUAGCUUCAUAUGUCACCUUAAGGAAGAGCAAGAAGCCAGAUCCAAGGACGGAGCGACCACGCAGCGCGGUGGAGCAGCAGAUGAGUUCUGAGAGUGGCCGUCCCAGGAUGAGCGUGGAGGAGCAGCUGGAGAGGAUCAGGCGCCACCAGCAGGGCACCCUCAGGGAGAAAAAGAAGGGCCUGGCUAUCCGGGGUGGCAGCCAGGAGAACACACCCUCUCGCAGUCACUCGUUUAAUAGAGAAAACCACUUAAGAAGCGUGCAGUCCCAGAGUAGGCGCAGGGAUGACGUGGUAAGCUGUGACAUCCAGAUGCUGGAGGCCUCACUCAGACAGCAGGAGGUGGUGAGGGAGCAGGAGACACCCGCAGAGGAGAUCGCCCGUCUCAAAGAAGCCUCACAGACUGAUAUCCUAAAUGUAGAUCGGGAGCUUGCAGUGCCUGACAAAGUGCUGAUUCCUGAGCGUUAUGUGGAGUCAGACCCAGAGGAGGCUCUGAGUCCUGAGCAAGAGGCUGAUAAGCAGAGGAAAGUGGACCGCAUCAAAGCUCUAAUAGCCAAAAACAGCAUGCAGAACGUGCUACCUAGUUUGGCUCUCAGCCCUGAGGAGGAGAAUGUGGAAGAGGUCACCGUGCAGGAGAAAGAGAAGAUGAUUAAUAUCUCCUACGAGCUGGCAGCAGAGGCCUCCAAACGCAGCAAGCUGGUAGCAGUGAAAAGCCUGUCGUCCUCACCCCCACCCCUUCCACAGUCACCUAACACACCCCCUCAACUCACUGAUGGGUCUCACUUCAUGUGUGUGUAGUAGCACCACACAAGCUCUGGCCUCAGUGAAAACCUACACAUGAAGGACUCAGUGUUGGAGGCAUAAAGGUGCCUCAGAAGGCUUACCCAAGAACAUCAGCACAAGGCGACGGCCUACAGAGAAAGAAACUGCCUACUCUGAACUCUGGGGUGUUGACCUCCGACUUCUGUAUUCUCACUGUGACGUCUUAAGCUCCAAUGCCACCAAAAACACUUUAUCUGUCUGAUAUUUCUCUGUUCUUGGUCCUCUUUGGGCCACCACACCCUCCUCAACCUGGUGAGGCAACACACCUCUGUUACUGUCGUCGUCACAGUUCCACUUUUGGUUUUUACAUGGUUUUUAAGGUUAUUUUAUUAUUUAUAUGGUUUUAUUAGGUUAUUCUUUGAACAUGGGCCAACUGUACAUAGAUAUAAGGCUAAAAGACUGAAGUCUGAAGUUAGACUAAGGGGCCUGUCAGAAAAGGUCCUGGUUUCACCACCUGUCCAAACAUUUUUCACAUAAUUUAAUUUCACUCGAAUCUUUCAGUAAGCCACGUUUUCCACACAAAUGUCAUUAACUCACCAUUCAUAUUUAUCAACUGUAAAGAACAUUUGUCUAUGCUGAAGAUACAUAUAUAAAAGAUAUAGAUCCCUCUAUUAUACCGAAAGGAGGGUUAUUUUAUUGCUGCAGAUUGAUCAUAGAGAAGAUUAUUUGUAAUUUGAUCUUGUCCCUGGGUUGUAAUAAUUUAACUACAGGAUCUUCUGCAAGCCCUGUCGCAUUGUUGCCGACAAUUAUGUGAAUGUUCAGGCUUUUGUCACUCUAUACUAUCUUUUUUAUUGCCGAGAGAUAUAUUUAAACCAAGAGAAGGAAAAUAAAUCAGAGUUUGGUUCUAUAUUAUGACAUGUUAGUUUGAAGUCUUGGAACUAAAACAAUAAAGAUUAGCACAUGUAAAGCAAUAAAAUGAAAAUGUUUGUGGAUCCAGGAUUCAUAUUUUUUCUUUGUGUAAAAAGUGUAAUUAUCAGAGGUUUACUGUGUAUAUAAUGUACAUGGUAUAGCAGGAUGGAAAUGUGUAUCCAACCUAUGGUUACAUACUAGAUUUGAUUUGCAAAUGUUCAUAUUCCAUCUGUUUUAUAUCAUGUUAAAUAAAUGUUGCUGUUCUUAA